AUGCUCCAUCGUGGUGGGUGCCUUGCAGAACAGAAAGUCUUUAGUCUUUUCGCUUCCAAUGGAGUUGCUGCUGGCCAGCGGCCCUUGGUCCUCUGCUCGUCCGGCCGAGACAUCCACCCCCGCUCUCAUCUUCGAUCGCGAGGAUCGAACACGUUCAAUUUGAUAUCCCACUCCAAAAGGGGGAUUACUCCAUAUCGCGCAAUUGAGCUCGAUUUGCAAUAUGAUGCAAUGCUUAUUACCCUACCAUUUCUUGGAACGAGCCGGUAUAAUGGGCCGCCAAGGGAUUGGAUGGAGAGCCUGGGACCAGGAAUACGGGAAGAGCUCGCGAAAUUGUGGUGUGGUGGCCAUCCAGGUUAUGCAUCUAAAGUUGUCCAAGCACCGCAAGGAGGGACUCAAUGUCCGAAAGACGCACUAGCAUUCCCCUUGCAUUUUGACGAAAGAAGAUGGCUCUGA